AAUGGGCAAGGACGAAAUAUCUUCGUGCUCAUUUCGAUAUAAUGGAAGUCAAAAUUGGACAGAAGAAUGCAUUUACGGCUAUGAUUAUAAAUCAAGUGGAUAUACGACAAUAGCAAUGGAGAUUGUUAUCAUUUCAAGCUCUAAUUUACUUAUUGAAUUUUUUGAUUCGACCAAGAGGGGAUUCGUUGGAACCAUGUGCCAGUUUGGAGCUAUUUUUUCCAUGCUUUUAUUAGUUACAAGUGCCUAUCUUAUAAAAAAUUGGCGUCAUUUAUCCCUAUUUACAUCAACAACUUCUGCUUUAUGGAUUGUUCUUGUCUGGUUUCUACCAGAAUCUCCCAUUUGGUUGGCAGCUCAAAAACGGGAGAAAGAAACAGAGGAGGUUUUAAAAAACAUAGCCAAAUUGAACGGUGUAAAAUAUAUUCAAUGUACAAAGUACGUUGAAAAGAACAGUGAAUAUCUCCUUGAACUAGAUACAAAACGAGAAGACGAGGAGAAUGAAAAGGAAAGGCAAGAAAGUAAGGACAAUAGAAUGAAAGAGAAUAGAAGAAAAACGAAAUAUAAUUUUAUUGACCUUUUCAAACACAAAUGCUUGAUAAAACAUAUGAUUAUAACAGCACUUUUAUGGUUCGUCAACAAUUGCAUAUAUUAUGGUCUAACGCUUAGCACACCAGCAUUGGCAGGCGAUAGGUUCUUUAACUUCUCAUUAAGUGUUCUUGUAGAAAUUCCAGCUUACGCAAUUGCUGCUCUUUUUGCUACAAAAUUUGGCAGACGAAUGCCAGUUUUUGGUUUUCUCAUCUUAACAGGAUCCACCGUAAUUAUUGUCUCUGUCUUACCCAAAGUGUUAAAUAAUGAAAACUUAAAAUCUAAGCUGGUUUUAGCAUUUUUUCAAUUAGGAAAAUUCUCGAUAAGUUCAGCUUUUAGCAUUACUGUAAUAUUUACGAAAGAGCUGUUCCCAACUACUCUCAGGUCAUCGGGAUUAGGAGUUGCUAAUACAUUUGGAGGAAUCGGAGCUAUGGCUGCACCAAUAUGUGCUCAUUACGCUGCCAACAAAUAUCUUAAUUAUAUCCCACCAAUUUGCUAUGGUAUCUUGGCUUUUAUCGCUGCCUUUGCCAUCAUUUUACUACCAGAAACGGAAAGACGUCCCUUGCCCCAAACCAUAGAUGAAAUAGAAGAAUGGUAUAAGUCUAAGAAGGGAAGUGCUGCCUAG